AUGGCGACUUGCAACCCCACAUCUCAGACCAAGAAGAAAUCAAAGAGGAAGCAUGAGAGUCUCUCGAGCUCCCUCUGUGCCACUCUCGUCGAGCACCAACUGGGCCUGUCGAUCAACGUACUCAUGCUCCUCGUCUUGACUCUUGUCUGUUUCCCCACCCUCCGCUCGUCCACCAUCCAAUACUUCACCCUCUCCUACUACGAUGCUCAAACCGGCCUCUACAACCCAGGAUGGCAGGACCUGAAGUUCGUGUCGCUUUGCAUUAUCGUCUUUACCGCCCUUCGCGCCGCCGCUAUGGACUAUGCCCUUGUUCCCAUGGCCAAGAAAUGCGGCAUCCACAAGAAGAAGGCCACCAUUCGCUUCGCUGAACAGGCAUGGCUCGUCAUAUACUAUGCUACAUUCUGGUCCCUUGGAACAUAUCUCGUCUACCAAUCCCCCUACUUCAACAAUCUCCGCGCCAUGUGGUCAUCUUUCCCCACGCGCUCCAUGACCGGCCUCUUCAAGCUGUACUAUCUGGCUCAGUUUGGUUUCUGGCUCCAGCAGAUUCUGGUUAUCAACAUUGAAGAGCGUAGAAAGGACCAUUGGCAGAUGUUCACCCACCACAUCAUUACAUGCCUGCUUCUGAUUGGAAGCUACGGCUAUUACCAGACAAAGGUCGGCAUCGUCAUCUUGUGCUUGAUGGAUGUCGUCGACUUGGUAUUCCCUAUUGCCAAGUUGCUCAAGUACAUGGGCAUGCAGACUGCUUGCGAUAUCGCUUUUGGCGUUUUCAUGCUUUCGUGGUUUGUCGCUAGACACGUCUUCUACCUCGCCGUUUGCUGGUCUAUCUAUGCCCACGUCCCCGUCGAGAUGCCUUACGGGUGCUACAACGCCGUUACUGGAGUCAAAACUUCCGAGGAUGGCGGAAAUGAAGUCCUUUCCAAUGUGCUGCACGCUUACACCAGCGGCAACGCCGACGUAUGCUUCAACGAGAAGAUCCACUACGGCUUCCUAGGCCUGCUACUCGCUCUCCAGGUCAUCACAAUCAUCUGGUUCGGUAUGAUCUGCCGCGUCGCAUACCGUGUGGUUCUGGGCAAGGGAGCCGACGAUACCCGUUCCGACGACGAAGAAGAAGAGGAAGAGGAGGAAGAUAGCUUGGAAACUGUGAGAGACUUUUCCACAAAGGAGCCUGAGCUCAGGCUUGCGCCUCAAGAGGAAGAGGUUGGUGUAGAGAGUCUGCGCUUCACACGCCGUCCCAGCCCGGCGGCCAAGCGAACCUCUGAUAAGAGCCGUGCCAGCGGUAUCAGCAUACCCGGCAACCACAAAGAACUGCUGGGUCGUAUCGGUUGCGACAAGCCAGCAGGCGGAUCCUAG